UAUUGAGGAUAGCGGCGCGCCUCUGACUCCUCGCCGCGCUCAAGCCCGAGGCUCCUCGUUCCUUCGGCCCAAGACUGAAUCCUGCGGGAGUAGCGAUCGCACCAGACGGGAUCAACGCUGUCGACGGCUCGCGUCGUAUUUAUAUGAUAGGCUGGCGUCCGAAGGCAAUAUGUCGGGAUAUCGGCGGGUUAAUUAUUACGAGCUUUGCCGGCUCUGUACCAGCAGCGAAGGCACCAAGAUGAACAUCUUUCUCGAGGAGGGACGCAGGCGUCAGCUUCAGACCAAAAUACAGACGUACUUGCCUGUACAGGUUUUGGAAGAGGACUCGUUACCAAAAAUUGUUUGUCUUGAUUGUGUAAAAAAGUUAGAAAACUACAUUGAAUUUCGAGAAGCAGUUGUAAAUGCGGAGGGUAUGUUGGAGUCAUACUUUACUUCGCUAAGAUUUUCAGAAGACUUCUUGAAGGAAGGAAAAGUUUAUGUAAAAAGUACGAAAGAAGAAAAACCAGUAAUGGUAGAAGAGCCGCAAACGGAAGAAGAUCCAUUGAAUACGGUAGAGAAAAUAGUCCCGACUACCACGAGCGCUCAAAUUCUCACGGACCAAACGCAAUCGCAUCCACAACAAGUACUCGUCAGUAAUAUAAAUGCUUCAAAUUUACAAAUUAUUAGCGGAGUGCAAGCUCGUGUACAACAGUAUAAAUGUGCAAUGCAGAUGCAAUCUGGCAACGUUGCAGCAGCUGUAGUCGAAGCAGAAACUCACUACAGUUAUCAGCAACAGACGUCUCAGCAAAUACAGUCACAGCAAAAUCAAACGCAAAAUCAAAUAAUAGAGCAGUCGCAGUCUCAGCCCACUCAAAUACAAGUGCAAAACCAAAUACAGAGCCAAAAUCAAAUAUCACAGCAACAGGUACAAACGCUGAGGCAGAUGUCCCAGCAGCCAUCGAAUCAAGCUAGUCAAGUGAAUCAACAAGUGAAUCAGCAGGUCAAUCAGCAAGUUAAUCAACAACAAACACACGUAAAUCAAGAGCAACAAAAUCAAACUCAAAUAACACAGCAGUUGCAACAUCUACAGAGACAGCAACGAGAACAGUUUGAGAAGCAGAGACACAUGCACCACAUAGAAAAGCAGCAGCAGCAGCAACAACAACAGCAACAACAACAGCAACAACAGCAACAGCAACAACAACAACAACAACAACACAUUCACGUUACGAAUGUACAAGAACAACAACAGGCGGAGGUCCAUCGAAGUAAUAUCAUUCUCAAAACCGAAGAUACCAAUGAGCAACAACAAAGCCUUCAAAACGAUCAGCAAAAGAACGAGGCAGUAGUGGUGAAUCAACAGAACCAGCAGACUUUCACGACCGUCCAAGCGACACCCGAGGUCUUCCUGAGUCUGGGCUUCAAAGACGCCCUGACGACCCAAGUAACGCGCGAAGAUCCCAAGGAACUAAAAGACUUCGUCAAGAGCUCGGAGGAUGCCAUGUCGCGCACGUCCAUCAGCCAUAUAUCAGAAUUCCUGAGAAUUCGCUCGGGUCCCGAGCAGCCUUCCCCGCUGGUCACAGUGAAUCCCCAAGCGAUAUCACAGACAGCGCAGCGACAGGUGGCUUGUCGCGAGUGCGGCAAAACCUUCACUUCCAUAAACCAAAUGAACGGUCACGAUUGCACGUCGCAACUGCUCAACGAGCAGGUGACGGAGAUGAGCAGUGGCAGCAUAAAGGAGGAGAACCCGGCGCACAUGAAUGGGCUUGGCAGUCCUUUCAACUGUGACGUUUGCAACAAACCCUUCAAACGAAAAGAGCACCUAUUCCAGCACCGAAAACUUCACACGGGCGAGCGGCCCUACGUCUGCACCACAUGUGCCAAGGCCUUUAGCAGGAAGGAGCACUUGGUGCGCCACCUUGUCUCUCAUACCGGCCAAAAGAUGCACGAAUGCGAGGUGUGCGGCAAGAGCUUCUCGCGCAAGGACAAUCUGCACAAGCAUCGUAAGACCCACGGCAUGUCGGGCCCUUACAUAUGCGAAACCUGCGGCAAGUCCUUCGUCGUCAAACACUAUUACCUCAUGCAUCUGACGACCCACGCGCCGGCCGUCGUCGAUGGUCUCAACUGCAUUCAGGAUCCGCUACCCUACAAGUGCGACAUUUGUCACAAGGCAUUCUCGGUAAAACAGUACCUCACCACACACAAGCUGAGGCACAGGUCUAAGAACAACAGUCACGCCCAGAACAACGGUGCCAUACAUCAGCAACAUCAGCAGCAGCAACAGCAACAGCAGCAACAACAGGUGCAACAGGCGAACUCAAGCACCGAGCUCACCGUCACAAGGGACAUUACCAGUGCCAGUAUGAGCAACGGUACCGGGCACACCGCCAACGGCUCCGUCAUCGAGAUUCAGGGCGUUGUCGACAGAGCCGAGCAGCAACAGCAGCAGCAGCAACAACAACAACAACAACAACAACAACAACAACAACAACAGGGUGAAUCCUUUGUUAGUAGUCACUACCAGGGCAACGUGUCGCAGUUUCAAUGAGAUAAGGGGAAGCGUGUCUAUUACGUACUCCUGCCCAAUGGAAACAAUCAUAAGAUCGUCGUCGUUUAAGGGCUAGGGAUACAUAGAUACGCUUCGAGAUUUCACACACAUACGCUUACCAAAUGUCUGGUAUAGUGUUUUCGUUUGCUAGGUAAUAUGUCCUUUUCGAUUCGGCGUCCAACCUUCAACAUUCAUCAAAAACGUAUUCGUAUUCGCCUGUAGAAUAAAAACGGUAAUCAGGGAACUUGCGUACGAUACGCUAACUUUCAUAACUCAAUCGAGCUAUUUACAAUUGCAUUUGGGUUGGAAAGGAAAGUAAAAAUUGAAAAACAUAAAAUGGGGGCGUAUUCCGUAAUUAUCUCGGUUGCCGCGGAAGUGUUCGAUGUUAUCGCUUUGACUCGCGAGGGUUAACGUAACCAGCGUGAGGACAAACAAAUUGGAUGCUAUAGUUACACCAAUUAUGGAAUAGAUUCGUGAUUUUAGAGUGAUUUCAUUUGAAAGAAAUUUUUAAAAUUCCUUUAUUUUGUUAUUAUCAGUAUUUUUCGUGAUAACAAAAUUUUUGUAAGCGUAAGCUGAAGGUAAACAAAUAUUAAUACCAAUUUUGAUACAUAUUUCCUUUAUGUAGAGAUGUAACAUUUAUAUAUAAACGAAAUGGUGAAAUUUGAACGGGUAAAUAUUUUUCUAGUUUUCUUUUUUCUUUGAUAUUUUUACACAUCACAAAUACCGAAAUUACUAUACCCAAAUAAAUAAAAAAAAUUUCUUGUACCUUGGAAGGAAAAUAUUUAUAAUUAAAUAUGCUGUAUUAAGGAAAGAAAAAUAUAACUUAUUAGAGUAACAUAUAAAAACCACAUUCAUAAAUUGUCGAUUUUUAGUGUCUUAAGGGGAUUCUAUACAUAUAAAAGAGUAAUAUAUAUUUUAACAAAUCUGUAUUAUAAACACGUGUUAUAAAAUAGGAUAAAUUAAUAUUUCCUGAAAAUACAUAGGGACUGUUUUAUCUGAAACUGAUGACAGACAUAUUGCUUUAUCAAUUUACAUAAAACCGAUACAAACACUUUAAACCAAGAUUUAAUUACACAAGCAGGAACUGUACAUUUUUUACUGCAGAAAUAUACAUUAUAAACGUUAUCAAAAUAUAAAGCUUAACAAUGAAGUUGUAAAAUAACAAAUGGACAUUUUAUUUAUUCGAAACUUGUGGAAAUCUUGGUCUAAAUGGUUAUACAUCGUUAUAUCUGAUAGUGAACGGUUUUUAGUUUAUAAAACUAAAAACUCAAGUUAUAGCUGGUGCUAUAUCAUGUUGUAAUAUAUUUUUCCAGUAUGCAUACACGGAACGAAACGCUCCAACAUUUUGCAUUUUGAGUAAAAUUACACAUGAUUUGUAUUAAUAUUCGUAAAGCUUCAAUUAAAAUCCCUACAAUUAUAUUAAACGAAUAAUGCCUAUAUUAAUCUUAAUUUAUUAUUUACAUUAAUAUUCAGGGAGAUGCCAAACGCAUGUAUACUUACAUUUACGAAUAAAAUGUAAAAUUACAUCAGAGUCUAGUAAUACUGUAUAAUCGUGUAUCAACUUUGGUAAAAAAGAAAAAGAAAAAAAAGAAAAUGUUCUCACUC